ACAACCAUAGCCUAUUACAAGUGAGUCUUCAGUUGCGUUAGAGACACCUUGUGGUUAGAAGCAGUACUACAACAACGCAAUUAAUGUCGUUGAGCUGAGUGCUUGUGCCCCAGAGGCAGUGAUGUUCCAAUGAUAAUGGUUAAAGUACUGUAUGAACUACACUGCAGAAACCAAUGAAUAACAUCCUGAUUUUGAUAUUAGCUGAAUUCAAGUGGGUGAGGACCCUGUGGAGUGAGCAGAUCAGAGCGGAAAAUGUUCAAAAUUAGAGAGCUCUGAUUGUGAAGCUGAACGUUUCUCCUGUGGCUCUUCCCUUCUGGCUCGUGUCCUGUAGCGUCAGAACAGAAGAGAUCCGCUCAGCCACAUCCUGAAGUUAAACACGAACGUUAAUCAGCGAACAGCCCGUUAAUUCACCGCCGUUAAGAUUUGUUCAUUCGGUGUCAGUACAUGGAUAUUCUCAGGAUGGUCCUGGAGCUCAGGAGCUCUUCUGUGUUGCUGUUUGAAGAGAUCUGGUGCUGAUUCAGCUGUGAUGAUAACACCAGUGGACCUUCACUGACGUGCCUUAGCUGCUGCUUGAAGAAACCAUUUCCUCUUAAGUACUGGCAUACAGGUUCUGCAGAAUGUGUCACGUCAUAGUCACAUGCCGCUCUAUGUUAUGGAGCUUGAUGAGCAUUGUGGUGGCAUUUGCUGAGAUGGUGGCAUUUAUGAGUGCCGAAUGGCUAGUGGGAAAUCUAGAUGGUUCUGAGUUCAACGUCACUGUCACCUCUUCACACCGCAGCGACCAGCGCACCCUGGGUAUUUAUAACCGCUGCAUCAAGGUGGCCCAGCAGAAGGUGCUCCAGUGUGGGCCCUAUGCCACAGACUUCAUGGAAAUAGCCAGUGGCUUCUGGCAAGCCACUGUUAUAUUUCUAGUCAUCGCAAUCUUUCUCCUAUCUGUAGUGGGCAUCCUUUCGGUUUUCAGCAUGUGCUUCCAGAGUAUCUUGAAGAAGAGCAUAUUCAAUGUGUGUGGCCUGCUUCAGGGAAUAGCAGGUCUAUUCCUCAUCUUAGGUCUGAUGCUCUAUCCUGCAGGCUGGGGCUCUAAGAAAGUGGUUGACUAUUGUGGUCCGGAUGCUUCCCCAUAUAAAGUGGGCCUGUGUUCUCUGGGCUGGGCUUUCUACACAGCCAUAGGAGGCACUGUUCUCACUUUCAUUUGUGCCAUGUUUUCGGCCCAGGCUGAGAUCGCCACCUCCAGCGACAGGGUGCAGGAUGAGAUUGAAGAGGGACGGAGUCUCAUUUGUGUGCUGUGAGAUGUGAACACAAACCACUCAAACGAAAAAGAAUCAAUUAUGUCCCAUGUUUACUGAUUGAAAGGACUGAUGCAAAAAUAGGAAUGUAUUUCAGACCUGCAGGUCUACUGAUCAAAGUCUUUACAAAUGUAUUUGCUUUUGCUUUCUGACUCUUGUCUCAUCCUAUUGCUGUAUCGCCAUUGCAAAAUAUACGUAUAUAACAAAUAAUUUCUAUGAAAAAACCUUUAGAAACUAACAAAUGCAUUAACAUUGUGUUUAUAAGCAAAUGCAUUUCAUCAGUAUUUUGAUUUAUUUGUUAUUAAAUUUUACAUGGACGUCUAAUUAAUGGAUAAAACAGUUUUCAGACUGUUUUAAAGAUUUCACUGAAAUAACUGACAUUUU